AGAGAGGAGCCGCGGACUGGAUCAGCUGUGCAUUUUAACCAAAGGGAAUGUAUUCUAGUCACUAGAAGGGGGUCAAUGCCAACGACUCCCCCGAGGCAAUGGGCUCGUGUGCAGGGGAGCCAACGUGAGAGCACGGUGUUACCAAAAUCUUUAUUUUUAAAACACUUUGGAGCUCAGAGACAUGUCUAAGGACAGCAUGAAGGAUCCAGGAUUCCAUUCCCCUAAGGAGAAUGGACAUGCAAUAACCUCGCCCUCCGACCCCCCGCUGUGUGCCACCAGCGAGCUCACACACACCUGGAUGCACGUCGCCAAAACCUUUGUGAUUAUUUUCCCUAUCUACGCAUUGGGAUAUUUCGAGUUCAGCUUCAGCUGGCUGUUGAUUGGACUUGUGAUCUUCUUCUGGUGGAGGAGGAACACUGGAGGGAAACACAGCCGGCUGAGGAGAGCUCUGGAUCUGUUCGAGGAGGAGGAGGAGAGGGGCUUCAAGCAGAGCAUCAACACCUCGGAUCUGCCUCCAUGGGUCCAUUUCCCAGACGUGGAGCGGGUAGAGUGGCUGAACAAGACGGUGAAGCAGAUGUGGCCGUACAUCUGCCAGUUUGUGGAGAAGCUGUUCCAUGAGACCAUCGAGCCCGCGGUGAAGGAGUCCAACGCUCACCUGAGCACCUUCUGCUUCAGCAAGAUCCACCUGGGAGACAAACCCCUCCGGGUCAACGGGGUCAAGGUUUACACGGAGAACGUUGAUCAGAGGCAGAUCAUCAUGGACCUGCAGAUCAGUUUCGUCGGCAACACAGAGAUUGACGUGGACAUCAAACGCUACUACUGCAAAGCCGGCAUCAAGAGCAUCCAGAUCCACGGCGUUCUAAGAGUGGUGAUGGAGCCGCUGCUGGGAGACAUGCCUCUCAUCGGAGCUCUUUCCGUGUUCUUUCUCAAGAAACCACUGGUGGACAUAAACUGGACCGGCCUCACCAAUAUUCUGGACAUUCCCGGGCUCAACGGCUUCUCUGACAACCUCAUUCAAGACAUUAUCUACAGCUAUCUGGUUUUACCCAAUCGGAUCACCAUCCCACUGGUGGGGGACGUGGAGUUGGCCCAACUGCGCUUCCCCAUGCCAAAGGGAGUCCUGAGGAUCCACUUCCUGGAGGCUCAGGACCUGGAGGGGAAGGACACGUUUCUGGGGGGGCUAAUCAAGGGCAAGUCCGACCCGUACGGCAUCCUGCAGAUCGGGAACCAGCUGUUCCAGAGCAAGGCGGUGAAAGAGAGCCUCCACCCCAAGUGGAACGAGGUUUACGAGGCUCUGGUGUACGAGCACUCGGGGCAACACCUGGAGAUCGAGCUGUUUGACGAGGACCCUGACAAGGAUGAUUUCCUGGGGAGCCUGAUGAUCGAUAUGACGGAGCUGCACAAAGAGCAGAAGGUCGAUGAGUGGUUCGACCUGGAGGAAGCUCCCACUGGGAAACUCCACUUAAAGCUGGAGUGGCUGUCUCUGCUCCCCACACCUGAGAAGCUGGAUAAGGUGCUCCGAAGUGUGCGUGCAGACCGGAGCCUGGCCAAUGACGGGCUGUCAUCAGCGCUGCUCGUCGUAUAUCUGGACUCAGCGAAGAACCUGCCUAGCGUCUUCUCAGGCAGCUUAGGCUGCGGGAACUUGAGUGAGAGAAGAGCGUCGGGGCUAGUCUUUUGUGAGAGCAGUACCUCCGAGUAUAGAACCAUAUUUUCUGCAAAGAAGAGUAGCAGCGAGCCCAGUCCGUAUGUCCAGUUCACUGUGGGACACAAAACACUGGAGAGCAAGGUCCGCUAUAAGUCCAAGGAGCCUCUGUGGGAGGACUGCUUCUCCUUCUUCGUCCACAACCCGAAGAGGCAGGAGCUGGAGCUGGAGGUGAAAGAUGACAAGCACAAGUGCACCCUGGGUAAUCUGACGGUGCCUCUGAGCAGCCUGCUAACGGAGGACGACAUGACGCUGACUCAGAGCUUUACGCUCAAGAACUCCGGGCCCAGCUCCAUCAUCAAACUCAAGAUGGCUCUGAGGAUCCUUUCCAUGGAGAAGCAGGUGUCCUCCGAUCAGCCGUCCUCCGUCCAGGUAAGGAAGACCAGCAUCCCUCAGCCCAGCAAACCCUCCAAGCCGACGCCGUCCCCGAGACGCUCCGCCUCACAUUCCCAGUUGUCCCCGCCCACGCCUCCUCCGCCUCCCAUCAGCAUCUCCACCCUGACGCUGCAGCACCGCGACGGGGAGCCGUACUCCGCCAGCCCUCUGCGGAGCUCCAACAACCUGUGCAUGUCCGGCUCCCAGAGACACCUGUCGCACAAGGAGUCCACGCCCAGCCUCGCCUCCGACAUCUCCCUGCCCUUCGCCACGCUGGAGCUGCAGCAGAGGCUGAGACAGCUACAGAAUGGCUCGGCGCCCGGCCAGUUCCCGCUGGGUGAAGUCCAGCUGACGGUCCGACACAGCUCCCAGAGGAACAAGCUCAUCGUGGUGCUGCACGCCUGCCGUAACCUGAUCGCCUUCACCAAAGACGGCUCUGAUCCCUUCAUCCGCCUCUAUCUGCUGCCCGACAAGAGCCGGACGGGCCGGAGGAAGACGAGCACGAUGAAGAGGACCCUUAACCCUGUUUACGAUCAAACGUUUGAGUUUAGUGUAUCUAUGGUGGAGCUGCAUAGGAGGACUCUGGAUGUAGCCGUGAAGAACGGAGGCAGCAUCCUGUCCAAACACAAAGGCUUUCUGGGAAAGGUGCUUGUAGAUUUAAGUGGGGAGGAUAUAUCUAAAGGGUGGACGCAAUGGUAUGACCUGAGUGAGGACGGCGCGUCGUCUCAAAGCUUAAGAAGUCUCCACGACCCCUCCCUCACAUGAUGGACUGUCCCGUUCUGCUGUAAUAUAGACUUCUUGUUGAUAUAAGGGCACAUGUUUUUAUUUAUGUACUUUUUUCAAUUUGGACAGCAUGCAAAACAUUUCCCCUCACGUUUUCAUUGCAAACCCACUGACUGCCUUCAGUGUUUCAUGUAAAUAUGAAGUCCAUGAAAUAAUGAUUUGUGGCAUUAUAUUGAAAUAUGUCAACACGGUGAUUGCCGUCCAUCCCAUUUGUUCAUUCUGUUUGGGAACUCGUACCAAAGGAACAGAAACUAUCGUAGCGAUCUUGACUUUGAUAUUUUCUUCUGUCAUGCAGUGUUAUUUGAUUGUUUACCUCUUAUCGUACGGAGGCUAAAACGGCGCGUUGGCACCUGUCUGCCUCCGUAUUGUUGUUAUUUAUGCUUGAUUAUAAACAUGGAAUGCACAUAUGCAAAGAAUAAAAUCAUUGCACUGUAUAUUUUACGAGGAUGUUGCUGAAGGGGGGGGGGAUUUUAGGGCUAUGAACAAGUGCUGUGUGAAAUGAAGGAUGCUUGAAUCAGUGUUUGAUGUGAGCCGCAGUUUUUAGAGACAGAAGAUGAAGAGAGAACUCAGAGGUUGAGAGGUUUGUACCGCUGGACGUUUUGAAUACCUGUUAUCGAUCCUGUGCCUUAAAGAAACCCGCUGUGUAAUUCUUUGCCUUCUUAACGUUGUUGUUAUUUGGAAUGAAAAGAUGCCUCGGGGGGUUUUGAGGAAUAAAUGUUUUCUCUUG